AUGCCUUCAAGUUCGCCCGUGAUGGAUGGAGAUGACGAAUCAACGGUCGAUAUGAUCGAUGAGGAAGAAGAGCAAGCGACUCAUGGCUCAUCCAUACCGCAAUCAAAAGCGCAACAACAAUCUGGAAACUCAAAAUCUUCCGCAGCAUCAUCAACGGAGACCCCCACUCGGGAUGUAAAGGAAUUGAUGAAGAUUGCGAAAGGCUUGUUGGAAUUGAAACAAAAGAUUCCUUCGGGAUCCAAUCUAACCAAUCAGCAUGUGGCAAAAUUGUACAAAUAUUUGGAUGAUAACAAACUGAACAAGUCUUUGAAAGAACUCAAACACAUUUUCUCGUCGUACAUGUCAAAAUCUGAUUUUGAUUCCUUGUUCAAUUUUGUACAGACAUAUUUCUUGGCUUGUAGAAAUUUGAGUGAUUCCGAAGUAGCCUAUAAUUUGAAUGGUAAUGCUUCUGGAGGUUCCUCCUCUAGUUCUGGAUCAUUCUCUUCAGAUAUUGAAAAAUUAGCCCGUGAACGAACAUUCAUCUUAAAAUGUUUAGUGAGUUGGAUGUUUGAAGGAAGAAUUGAAGGAAAGGUAGCAAAGAAUGGUCUUUUCAUCAUUUAUGAAGAACUAGACUACAUACCUGAUAGCAUGUUGGUUUCACUCAUUCAAGUCAUUUACAAAUUAUUCAAAGAUGGAUCAUGUGCAUUUGAUGAGUUUUCUCCUAUCGGUGUUUCCAACAAUUUUGAAAAUGUUCUUGAGAAUAGUGCAGGCCUUGUUCUUGACGUUUGGUCGCAAUGCAUUUCUACUGUCAUGUCGAAAGAUGAAAUUGAAAUCAAUUCAAAAUCAAAGAAAAAGAAAAAAAACAGACGAGUACAAGACGACCAUUAUCAAAGAUAUUUGUUCUUGUGA